AUGGGCCAGCAAUACUCCCACCCCCAACCGGGCAAGAAACUCCAGGUGAUCGGAGCCGGCCUCCCUCGCACCGGCACUACAUCAUUCGGCCGCGCCCUGGAAAUCCUGCUCGAUGGUCCCGUCUAUCACGGCGGCACCCAGGUGACCCUCGGUCCCGAGGUCGAGAUCAAGUCCUGGAUCAAGGUCUUGUCCUGCUAUCCUCCCAAAUCGGAGGCCGAGCACCGCCAGAAUCUCGAGCUCAUCAGGCAAAGGACUGACGGCUUCUCCGCCAUCACCGACUCGCCGGGGUGCAGCAUGGUGGCUGAGCUGAUGACCCUCUACCCAGACGCGAAGGUGGUGUGCACCACCCGGGACGUGGACAGCUGGGUGAAGAGCAUGGCGGUCGUGGCGAGCGCGUCGACGAAGUGGUUCCUGCGCAUCGUGCUCCUCCCGGUCCCGUCGAUGCGCCACUUCAACGACUACAUCGAGGGCCUCCGCGAGCAGUGGAUCAACAUCUAUGGAGAGGCGGAGCCGGCGACAGCUCAGAUAUACCAACGCCAUUACAAUUGGCUGAAGGAUAAUGUGCCUGCGGAUCGGCUGGUGAUGCUCGAUGUCAAGGACGGGUGGGAGCCCCUGUGUCGGGCAUUGGAGCUUCCUAUCCCCGAAGGCAUCGAGUUCCCGAGGAUCAAUGAUUCGAAAGCCAUAGAGGAAUUCUCAAAGCAGCAGAUUAUGAGAGGUCUGAAACGAUGGUGUUUAAUUCUGUCGACCCUGGGGGCUGUCGGCUUUGCCCUACUUCGUAGAUGA